AUGCUCGGUCUGGACAAUGCUGGAAAGACCACCAUUCUCUAUAAACUAAAGCUCGGAAAGGCCGAGAAUACGGUCCCAACUGUCGGAUUUAAUGUGGAGACCAUCAAGUUUAGAAAUAUAACAAUGCAUACAUGGGAUAUAGGUGGACAGGAGAGAAUCAGGGCUUUGUGGAGACACUAUUUUUCGGGGACGGAUUGUCUAAUCUACGUGGUGGAUUCCUCUGAUCUCACGAGACUGGAGCAGUCCAAGGCCGAGAUGUGGAAGGUGAUCAAGGACAAGGAGCUGGCAGACUGUUUACUAGUGGUUCUUGCCAAUAAACAGGACGUUGACGGGGCGCUCAAACCCAAAGCCAUCAUUGACAAGAUGGAACUGGAGAAAAUAGAGAACCACACAUGGUGUGUCAUACCCACGGUCGCGAUCAACGGGAUCGGACUGACGGAGGCUCUGAGCUGGAUCUCGAGCAACUAUAAGGAGAGUAAGUAA